CUCGAGGAGAAAACAGCUGCCGUUGGUUUGGUGGGAAACUCUCCCCAAACUUCAGAAGACGGCGCCCUAAAAUGCGAAAAGGAAACAACAUGGAUCUUCUGAAGGUGGUGCUGUCAUUCACGUUGUUGUAUUGUCGACACGGUCGUGCUUAUGAAUGCGGUGGAUUUUUCGAGAUGCCCAACUCAUUACUACAGGGUCACGUGAUCGAGACGACGCCUGCAGCCUCCAUGAAAGGCUGUAAAGAGAUUUGCACACGAAACAGCUCCUGUUUCUCCAUCAACUACAAUCGUAAAAGGUCUCAAUGUGAAUUGAAUGGAGCUACGCACUUUGCGUUUCCGGAAAACUUUCAGCCUGGGACAGCGCCCGAUGUACACCACGCUGUUGUUAAACCAGUUGCCAGCUGCAGUAACAACUUUUGCAGCAGCCAUUUGAGAUGCAAGAUGAGAGAGGGCGGGAAGGCGUACAAUUGCGGCUACCCUGAGAUCUACGUCAAAGGGGCUGCCAUGACUGGACCAUUAACCCAAGGUGUGAUCAUAGUGGAUGGGCUGACUUUUUAUUUUCCAAUGCUUGAAGAUGGCAAGCACAAGUCUCGUGGUCACAACUUUGUCGCCGUCAACUGCUCGAACCAUGCGUUCAUCUCCAAAGCCACCAUCGACACCCACGGUGACCAUCAGGCGGGAACCAAGAUUGUGAAUUACAUCAAUGCCCUGCCAAAUGACGUCAUGGUUGCCAUAGCAGUGGUGGACGAAGGAAGCAAAUACUUAACGUCUUCUGCAAGAAAUGCCAUCUCAACCCUUGGUGCUCCCAGCCCUUAUCUGUCAUACAGACAGACGUAUGCUUUUGUAGGGUACAAGGGGGGUCCUAAGCCAGCUUGGAUCAAGCAGGUGAAAAACAGUUCCGGGGAUUCUGAGAUAACGGUGCCAUUUUGCAACUGUAAAACGUGUCAGGGUUAGCCAAAAGCUCAGUGGCAGGUCCAGCGGUGGUCCCGUGGAUUAAAUUAAAUUAAUCUUUUUAAAAUCCAUUUCUAAGACUUCCGCGACGAUGUUGUUUUGUGUUGUUUUGAAUAGCUGAAAACUCUAGAUAUUUAAGUGUAUAACAUUCUCUGCAUAUAGAUAUAAUUCAGGUUUUUAAGUAAGUUAGAUUCAAUUUCAAAGGUUCCAAGUAGAUUCAGUACUAAUCUUAUGGCUGGGAAGUGUGGCUAGUGUUUUAGUGUUUCAUUCAUUCAUCUGUUACGCUUCAACUGGCUUUAGUAUUAUUCACAUUUAAAAGAAAAUAAAUGUCGCCAUGGCGGUAAAAUGAUGCUGUUCUUUGAUAAUUUUUGAUCCGCUUGUUAUUGUUUAAAAUGGUUUAUUCGCAAGGAAUCUACAAAUGAUACCUUAUUGACGAUA